AUGUCGUUGCAAUCUCCAUCGUACGAAAAGGUGUUGAAGCACGUCAGGGAGCGAAGAUACGAAGGCGCAGAGUCACAAACAAGAGAUGGACGCAUAAAACCGACGCGCGAAGAGUACGAGAGGCUAUGGAGAGAGUCGAGACUGUCGCUGCCGCCCAUGGUCCGGAUACCAGGAGCUGCGCUGGCAGCCUUUGGCAUGGGCAUGACGCUGGGCCUCGCGCACGGCAGUCAGAUGGCCGGUCUACGGUUUCGAGCCGAACACGCACACAAGCUUCCCACGACCACGACCGGAUGGUAUCUAUAUCACAAGAGCAAAAACUAUCACCUCAUGUUUGGCGGAUUGAAGGAAGGCUUCCGGAAUGGACUGCGCUUGAGUCUAAUCACGUCGGCCAUGUUCUGCACGGAGAAUCUAUUCGAUGUGUACCGGGGCUCCAAGGACAUGUUUAACACCAUUGCUGCCAGUUUGGCUGUAGCGGGCGGUUUCAGUUUAAUAAAUCGAUUUUCAGCGGCCGAAAGUGCGAGAACGGCACGGAAGGGAUUAAUUGUUGGUUUUGUGUAUGGCGGCGUCCAGGACCUUCUCUCGCUCGCAAAGGGUCGGCCCGUUGGCUACAUCGAGUUUCUACGGCGGCAUGUCGGCGGCGGCAGCAGCGCACAAACGCAGGAAGAACAUAUCAUGUAA